AAUCUCCAGGUGGGGACCAUCUGGAUUAGGAACUGAGCCAUGUUAUAUUAUUUGCCGAAGGGAAUUUUCGUUGGGAGUGUUUGGGUGCUGGUGAUCAGCUGUGUAACAUGCGAUCCAGAAUAUUCGAAGAACGCAACGUCGCCCGUCCAUCCGGGAGCCGCUCGCCAAAUGUACGGUUCCAGUUCCCUCCGUCAAUCCGGUAAAAAGAAUCCGGUCCUGGCAACCGGACAACGGAAGUACGGAGUCCGGACGACGAUCAAACCGGACUUGCAAUCCCGCUAUCCCUUUUCCUACCCUUACGAGUACUUCCCUUUACCGAUUCCCGCCUAUGCCAUUCCAUCCAUCUUCGAAAAACCGGAUUUCGAUGGACCCCAGAACCGGGGCGGCGGCGUACUGCUGAACGGGAUGUACGGGGGAAGGGUGGAGUAUCCCACUUUGGGGGUGAAUCCUGCGAACGUACCAUGGGGAAUGAUAUCAGGACGAGGUUAUGGGGAUUCUUAUGACGUUGUGGGGCAGGAUGAUGCUGAAACCUCUCAAUGCUCAGUGAAAUGUAAAAGUGGAAUGUUCUUGUGUAAAAGUGACUGCAGCUGCAUCAAAGGGGAGUAUAGAUGUGAUGGACGGUCUCACUGUUCAGAAAAUGAAGACGAAGAAACUUGCAAUGGUCCAGUGGCUUUGCCACCGGAUCCCGUGGUAAUAUGCGACGAAUCCAAGAAUUUCAUCCUUUGCCCCAAGACUAAGAGAUGCGUGUCACGGGAUUGGUUAUGCGAUGGAGAUGAUGAUUGUGGAGACUAUUCUGACGAAACCAGAUGUGGUUUCUUACAAAAUUGCACCUCGGAUCAGUUUCAAUGCGAAAACGGACUUUGCAUUCCCAAAGUUUGGAUAUGCGACAACGACAAUGACUGCAGGGACUUUUCAGACGAGACCAAUUGUACCAAAAUUGCCUGCUCAGCUGAAGAGUACGAAUGUACUGAUGGCAAAUGCAUCUCGAUUAACUGGAAGUGUGAUCAUCAUAUCGAUUGUAUCGAUGGGUCUGAUGAAAGGGAAUGUGAUCUGGCUCCUGCUCACUGUAACGAACGCGAGUUCCAAUGCAGCAACCGCAAGUGCAUCAAGUUCGAGUUCAAGUGUGACGGAGAUGACGACUGUGACGACUGGAGUGACGAGAACGACUGUCCGAGGAACAUCGGUGAAUGCGUCUCAGGAGAAUUCAAAUGUAAAAAUGGCGAAUGUAUUCCGAAACGUUGGGUCUGUGAUAACCAGAAGGAUUGUCCGAACGAAGAGGACGAGGCGAAUUGUGAAUAUGCUGUGAAUAAAACCUGCAAUUCCGAUGAGUAUACUUGUCCCGGUGGUCAAUGUAUACUGAAAACGUGGGUUUGUGAUGGUGUGGAAGAUUGUCCACACGGUGAAGAGGAGUCGAAAUGUGAUAUAGUGUGUGACGAUGCCAAGUUUCCAUGCACCGGACCUGGUGCCAAUGGUACCGCCGUGGUGUUUUGUAUUGCAAAGAAGCGAAAGUGUGACGGGCAUAAGGAUUGUCCGAAAGGGGAUGACGAGAAGAAUUGCCCGGCGAGGCGUGACUGUGAACCGAAAACCAAGUGUGAACAACUCUGUGUUACUUAUAACGGCGAAAGGAACGGGUGUGGCUGUAAUAAUGGGUUUAAACUGGAUAAAGAUGGCGUUACUUGCAACGACAUAGACGAAUGCAUGUACGCCACAGACCCCGUAUGUUCCCAAAAGUGCAACAACACCGUUGGAAGCUUCAAGUGCGGUUGCAUGACAGGUUACGUCCUCAGGCCAGACCUGAGAACUUGUAAGGCCGUCGGCGCUCCCCCCACCCUACUUUUUGCCAACAGGAUCGAUAUAAGACAAAUGUCCUUGAGCAACACGAAGUACAAAUUGCUCCUGAAAGGACUCCAUAACGUCAUAUCGCUGGACUACCAUUACGAGAAGCAACUGAUUUUUUACUCGGACGUAUCGACUGAUAAGAUCAAGAGUGCAGCUGUCAACGGAACUGACGUGUCCACCAUUGUUAGCUCAGGCUUGGACUCACCAGGUGGUUUGGCAGUAGACUGGAUCCACGAUUUGCUUUACUGGACCGACUCUGGCACCAAACGGGUCGAAGUGUCCAAACUGGAUGGCAGCAAUAGGGCGGUGAUCGUUGCGAACGAACUGGACAAACCGAGAGCCAUAGCUAUCCAUCCAGACGAAGCUUUUGUGUUCUGGAGCGACUGGGGUCCGAAUCCGAAGAUCGAACGUGCAGAAAUGGACGGUUCUGGUCGGAAAAGCAUCGUUACAGAAUCAAUUUUUUGGCCUAACGGUUUGACUAUUGAUUACACUUUGAAUCAAAUCUAUUGGGCGGAUGCCAAGCAUAACGUCAUCGAAUGUUCCCUCCUGGAUGGCUCUAAGAGGAAGAAGGUUAUUACUAAAGGGCUUCCGCAUCCGUUUGCCAUAACGAUAUUUGAGGAUGCCCUUUUCUGGACCGAUUGGCAUACGAAAUCCAUAGCGACUGCCAAUAAGCUGACUGGGGCUGGAUAUAAGGCUCUGCAUUCACGUCUGCAUUUCCCUAUGGAUAUUCGAACGUUCCAUCCACAGAGGCAGCCGAUGUUUAACAACCGAUGUGGAAGUAAUAAUGGAGGUUGUGAACAUUUGUGUUUGCCCAACAGGAGAUCUUUUACCUGCGUGUGCCAUAUGGGGCAAAGACUACGCCCGGAUAAGAAGACUUGUCACAAUCCAGACGUCUUCCUGUUGUUGGCCAAGAAGAGGGAUUUGAGGAUCAAACAUCUGGAUGGUGCGACAGAUAAGCAAUACGAGAUGGUGAUCCCGUUGGAGAAUGUGAAAAAUGCCGUGUCAGUUGCGUGGGAUUCAGAUGCUAAUUUGAUUUUUUGGGCAGAUAUUGCCAUGAAAACGAUCAAUCGGGCGUUCUGGAAUGGAAGCUCGCACGAAGUUAUUGUCGGCGCCAAUUUGGCUUCUCCACGUGGUCUGGCCUACGAUUGGGCCACUUCCAAACUAUACUGGACCGACGCAGAGUUUUCCAGAAUUGAAGUGGCCUACUACGACGGAUCCUCGCGGUCCUUGUUAAUUUGGGAAAACCUGGAUAAACCCUGUGACAUCAUUGUGGAUCCUCAUAAUCGACUAAUGUUCUGGGCUGAUCAAGGGGCAUCACCAAAAAUUGAAAAAGCUUACAUGGACGGAUCGAACAGAUCAGUCCUGGUAUCUAUUGACAUUUCAUCGCCCAAUGGAUUAAGUAUUGACCAUACAAGUUCAAAAGUGUACUGGACCGAUGGGGGCUUGCGCACUAUCAAUUCGAUCAAUAUAGAUGGCACUGGAAGGAAAACCCUUCUAAGUGGACCAUCCUUACCAUAUCCUUACGGCAUAGACGUGUUUGAUAGCAACAUCUACUGGUCAGACUGGAUGAACAAAUCAAUAGAAAAAGUCAAUAAAGUUUCAGGUGAAAAUCGAACGAUUGUAGCAACCAAUUUACCGGACGUCAUGGCUAUCAAAGUGUUCCAUCGUAACAGGAAACACUUGAAAACUAGUUGUGAUAGCAACAAUCAUUCACCCUGUUCAGAUUUAUGCUUGCUAAAGCCUAAAGGAAGAACAUGCGCAUGUCCCACUGGAAUAAAAUUGAAAGAGGACAAAAGAACUUGCCACAAAGGUCCGUUGAACUACUUAAUUAUGGCACAUCGUAUGGACAUCCGUCAAAUAUCCUUGGACGUCCCAUAUAUGGUGGACGUGGUGCUUCCAUUCAAACAUCUAAAAACCGCAACAUCGGUCGACGUAGAUCGUAAAACUGGAGAAGUUUACUGGACCGACACCGCUGAGGAUUGUAUCCAGAAAGCUGCUCCCGAUGGCUCCAAUAGGCAAACCAUUAUCAGUCUGGAAAUCGAGUCUCCUGAUGGGAUUGCCAUCGAUUCCACUGGAAGAAAGAUCUAUUGGACCGACGCAGAACGAAACAGCAUCGAAGUAUCCGAACUGGACGGGACAAACCGAAAAGUCCUUUUCAACUAUCAAAUUUACAACCCACGUGCGAUCACUUUACACUACCAUCAUGGUAUAAUGUUCUGGUCGGAUUGGGGAACGGAAAGUCCAAAAAUCGAACGCGCUUCUAUGGACGGUACCAAUAGAAUAACGAUCAUAAGUGAGAACAUCACGUGGCCCAACGGUUUGGCCAUCGAUAGACCGGCGAACCGUUUAUACUGGAACGAUGCCAAAAGAAACACCAUCGAAUCCUGCGAUCUGGAUGGGAGGAAUCGCAGAUUGAUCCUCACCAAGUUGCCUCAUCCUUACGGUCUGGUCGUGGUUGGAAAUCACAUUUAUUGGACCGAUUGGAGGACGGAGAGUUUGCAUAGGGCCGAAAAGGAAACUGGCGAUGAUCGUACCAUCAUAAGAGGAGACUUGCCUGGACUUAUGGAUAUUAGGUCGAUCCAGUAUGAUAAUAUUGCUGAAAAUGCUUGCGGACGCGAUAAUGGAGGCUGCAGUCAUUUGUGUUUGAGGAAUCCCAAAGGGUUUUCCUGUGUUUGUCCUACAGGAUUAUCCCCAUCAAAAGACAACCCGAAACGUUGCCAAACCGUUCCGGACAAUUUCCUAUUGACCGCAGCCAGAUACUCGCUGAGUCAACUCAGCUUGGACACAAUGGACGCAUGGGACGUGACCCUUCCAAUAAAAGACGACAUGCAAAACGUAAUCGCCAUCGACUUCCAUUGGAAGAAGAAACUGAUUUUUUACGCCGAUAUUGGCAGAAAUAUCAUUAUGAGUGUCAGUAUGCACAACUUUUCUGACGUCAGAGUGAUUGCUAGUAAGGACUUACAGUCACCAGAGGGACUGAGCGUCGAUUGGUUGGCGGAUAACAUUUAUUGGACCAACACUGGGAGGAAAAUGAUCGAGGUCGCUAAGUUGGAUGGUAGAUAUCGAAAAGUGAUUGCUGCAGACCUCGUAGAUCCCCGAUCCAUAGCAGUAAAUGGAAAAACUGGAUAUUUAUACUGGAGCGACUGGAAUCCCUCACAACCGAGAAUCGAGCGUGCUCACUUGGACGGCAGUAGUAGAAAAGCAAUCGUCUAUUCCGAUAUCGCUUUCCCUAUUGGUUUAGUGGUGGACUUUGAUAACAGAAGACUUUAUUGGAUCGACGCCAAACUGAACGAAGAAAGAAUUGAAACUUCUGAUUACCAUGGAAGGAACAGAGUGACGAUUCCCAUUGAUAAGACCCAUCCAUUUUCCUUGGCAUUGUAUCAACAAUGGAUAUUCUGGACCGAUUGGGACCAAAGAUGCAUCAUGAGAGCGGAAAAGAUUAACGGGCAUGAUAAGUUGCUGGUCAGACCCAUGCAUGCCGCCAUGGGUAUUACAAUGGUAACGGAAGAGCGGCAAACUGGAUGGAAUCCUUGCUUAAUGAAUAACGGAAACUGUACUCACUUUUGUUUUUAUAAAAAACAAGGGGUUUAUAGUUGUGGCUGUCCUGAUGAGGAGGCUAUAGGCUGUAAGAAAUAUCCUAUGGUGCGCGUGGAUCCUAAAUGUCCGGAAAAUAAAGGUUAUGACUGUCCAGGGCCGGACGAUGAGUUUUUCAAGGACGAUGAUUAUUUUGACUCGGGGCUGGACCAUGAUCAAGAGCCGGAUCCGGCGGAGAAUGCCGCCAUGGACAGGACCGUAGCGUUUUAUGUUAUUACUUUGGUUCCUAUGGUGGCUCUCGUAUUAGGAAGUGUAGCAAUCGUAGCCUACAUAUUUAUUAAAAAAGGAAAGAAAAACUACUUAUAUGGUGCGAGCAGAAGUUUCUCAAAUCCAAAUUACUAUUCGAACGAUCCGUCGAACCCUCAGAAUGCGGGAGAUCGGAGGCAGUUUAUCUGGAAACGGCUGAAAUAUGAUAAAACUCAGGAAAGAGUUUACGAGGAAACCGUGGUGGCAAAUCCAGAAGUAACCAGCCUAAUCCCCACCAUUUUGACCCCGUGCAGUUCAAACUGCGAGGCAGUCACUCCAGAGUUGGAAAGGUCUCCGUCUGUCACGCCUUUACAUAAGGUGGAAAUCCAGUAAUUAUUUUCCAUAUAAAUUACCACGAAAAAAAAACCAAAAAAAAAAGAAGAAAUGUAAGUAUAAACGAACGAUCACUAGUCACCUAAAUCAACAAAAUAUGUGUAUUUCUAUUUUAGUAAAAUAUAUAUUUUUUUUUCGAGAA